GUCGUCGUUAGGAAGGCAGCAUGGGCGGCAAGAAACCAAUGAACGUACAGCACAACCGAGGCACGUGGGGACACUUCCCGUCCCACCAUCAUGCAUCGGGAUCUCCGAUGAACCACGAUGGCUACGCGCUGUCGAACGGCGGUGGAAGCAUGUUGAACCACUCCGCCGGUCUCGCCUACGAUGUGGGGCUGCUCGACCUGGGGCCGCAUCCGUCGACUUCUGUCGGUGGUGCAUUGCACGGUGCCAUCGGGUCCACACGGUCGUCGUCUGCGUUUUACGCGGUGCGAUGCUUAUUCAUCCAACGUCGCUUUGUCAUCAAAUCAUCUCAAUAUGCGUGAACAUGUAGGAACAGCAUGACACUCAAGACAUCGACAUGAAGGUGAUGGAGCUUGUGGAUGUCAUUGGCACACGCAUGCGUCGCCAACUCAAACCCAUGGUACACCACAUCCCCAUCUCGCUUCCUUCAUUCCGUGGCCUUAUGCUGCGAUAGAUGCAAGCGUCAUCUGUGGGCAGGUGUUCGUGCAGCGAAGACGUCGCGGCGCUUCAGUCUACCGUCGCCAUCAUGCAGGAGCAGAUCAAACUAUUGAUGCAGGAGCGCACGGCCAAGACCCCAUCGUCCGUCGAGUCAGCAUCAUCGUCAUCGGCGGUGGUGAACGCCUUGUCCGACCGCGUGUCCACGCUCGAAGGGCGGCAGUCGGCGUUUCAGUCGCAAAUGGCGCAACUGUGCAAAUCCCUCGGCACAGUUCCCACGGGGAAGAAUGCCACGGGCAAGCCAGGAGGGAUUGCAUUACCCAAGCCACUGUUGCAGGAACUCCGCGAUGAGUUCGACCAGAAGCUGGCGGCGUCCACGGUCAAGCUCGAGACCGCCAUGAACAAGCAGAUGAGCAGUGCCAUGUCCAGCAUGGAGCAGCACAUCCUCAACGACAUUGGAGGACGGUUCAAAAGCAUGACGUCGAUGCAGUACGACGACAUUUUGAGCCUUGUGGCGAGCGAGACGGACAUGGGGGUGCAGAACACCAAGCAGUGGUUUGAAGACCGAUGUGCGCAGGAAGCAAAGCAUCGCAUGGGACUGGAAGCGCGCGUGAUGGGGCAGUUCGACGCGCAUGCCGAGUGGUUGCAGCAGCUCGAAGGAUUGUGUGACACGUGGCAUGCGAGUCAGACACAUGUGGAUGCAUUGGCGAAACAAGUCGCCCAAUUGCAAAAGAAGGCGCCCAGUGGAAGCAACGGCGCGAGCUCGGCGGUUGUGUCGACAGCAAGUAUGCAACAGAUGCAGUCGCAGGUGAAGCAAAUGAUGCAAGACACGAAGGACGUCAUGGAGAGCGUCGCGUUGAUGGAAUCGCGCGUGCUACAAGCAGGGAACACCGGUGACGAGUCCAAGAAGAAGGUCGCGGGGUUGCAGAAACUCAUCGAGAAGAUCAUGCGCGACCAAGGAUCCGUGGAAAGCAUGCUGCAGCAAUACGUCAGUACCAUCACGCAUCAAGUCGCGAGUGUUACGAGGCAGUACGUAUCGGUCCGCAUCCGCGACAACAACCGCCUCUUGGACGCCACGCUCCGCGCUCGCAUUCCAGCGUACGUCGAGAACGAGCACGAAAGCUUCAUGCUCGUGCGUCCCAACAGCAAGCAACCAGGAGGCACCACCAAGCCAGGUAUUACUUCCAUCGCACCCUUCAUAAGACUCAUGCUUCCAUGCAGAACUGGACGUCGAGGAAGCGGUGGUCCUUCGCGAUGUCGGCAGCUCCACCGACUCGCUGUUGCAGAGCGUGUUGAAACUCGAAUUGGAGCAAACGUAGUGUCGAUGGAAACCCUCUAUAAAUACAUAACCCAGUUCCCUUUAGAAAUAGAUAAUGUACACACACGUAAAUAUACCUUUCAAAUAUGAUAUCA